AACAUCUGUGCGGCAUUUGUUCUAAAUCUAAAAAUCUGCCAAUGUAUCAAUUAAAAUAAAUAUAUUUAUUUACAUUUAAAAUAUGUUAAAAUUAUGUUCAAUAGCCAUAUAAUUCUCAUUUGAAGGAGAUUGAUGCAUAGAAAUGCUCGUAACGAUUAUAGACUGAAUUAUAAAUAACCUCGAAACACAUGUGCGGUAAACUCUAUUUAUUUACAAAAGUAGUUAGAUGUAAAUUCUUAAAUAACGCUUAUUACUCAUCAAAGGGUAGUAAUCGGCUGUUGGAUAUUUUAGCCAACAUGCCGAAAUCAAAUACUGCGAGGAUAGCUGAAGUUCAACGACAACGUCAAAAAAAUGCUAAGAAGGGUGAUAAGUACGGUCCCAGCACAAUUUACCUCCAAGUAUUGGGCUCAGGGGCUCGAGGAGCACCAAAUACGUUAUAUCUCUUCACAGAUCAAAAGCGAUAUAUGUUCAAUUGUGGAGAAUGCACACAGCGUCUAGCUCAUGAGCAUAAAGUGAAGCUAUCCAAACUAGACCACAUUUUUAUUACAAGUAAGACCUGGAAGAAUCUGGGAGGUCUACCUGGUCUGUCACUUACAUUGCAGGAUGUUGGUGUUCCUAAUAUCACAUUACACGGACCAGAAGGCCUGGAUGAACUUUAUAAUGCAACAAAAAGAUUUGUUAUCAUGAAAGAUUUAAAUGUUACAAUGGCAAAAUGUAGCCCCAGUGAAGAUUAUGAAGAUAAUGUUAUGUCUGUAAAGUAUGUGAUACUGAGCCCCCAACAAACCUUAUUUCCUGAAAUGAAGCCAGUAGCUAAGAAACCAAAGUUGGACUCUUCUCCAGAUCAUCCUAGCAAGCAAGAACAAGAUUUUGAAGAGUUUAUUCACGAUGAUACAGAUUACUAUAGGCGUGAAACAGACAGAAGUAAAAAUACUAAACAAAAAUCAAAAGUAUCUUUUGAGAAAGAGAAAGAAAAGAAAAAGCCAGAAAAAUUACACCAUGUGAUACCAAAAGUCACCAAUAAUUGUAGUGUGGCAUAUAUUUGUACAUUAAAGAAACGUUUAGGUACCCUAGACUUAGAGAAAUGUGUUGAAAUGGGAGUGAAACCUGGUCCAAUGUUAGGGCAACUAAAGAGUGGACAGGAUGUAGUGUUGCCAGAUGGAACACUUGUGAUGUCAAAGGAUGUCAAAACACCAGAUGACCCUGGACCUGUGUUUAUUGUACUGGAAUUGCCAGACAUCAAAUGGCUGAAGGAGGAUGAAUUUGCAGCUCAUUUUGACAACGACACCAAUCCAUCUGAAAACAUUCCAACUGUUAUAGUACAUUAUACACCACCACAUGUUUUCCAUCAUCCCAAGUACCAAGCGUUCAUGUCUCUAUUUGGUACAAAUACACAACAUCUGAUACUCAACGGGCAAAACUCUUGCCUUGGCUCGGAAGCAGUUCAUAAGACCCAACACAAGCUACAUUUGCUGGAUCCAGACAUAUUUCCCUUACUAAAGGAUCUGAGUGUUCCUGCAGUGUGGAAUGCCCAUCCACCACUUCCGAAGACCAGUAGCCCAAUACGAUUAAAGGGAUUGGAGGAGUUGAAGAAUAAGAUUGCCGUGGCCCAGUUCCAGACGAUUAUAAACAUGGAAGGUUCGGGGCAGGGAGUGGGAGAGGGAGAACAUACAAAUGAUAGUGCACGGCUGAAUUUCAUGGCUGCUAGGACCCUCACUAUGUUUCAUUUACGGCCUAAGAGGGAGUUGGAUAGGUCAGCGGAACCAAAACUGCACAUCCAAGAUUAUAUCCAAGAAACGAUGGAUGUGGAUGGAUUUGUACCCAGCUUAGAACAAUUUCGAACCCUGGUAGACAACCUUCGGUAUGCAAAGAGUGACGCCAGGGAGUUUCCCAAAGUGGUCUUCUUGGGUACCGGAUCCUGUAUACCCAGUAAGACUAGGAAUACUAGUGGAAUUGUUCUUCAAAUCGACGAAAAUCGCUCAAUGCUGUUAGACUGUGGUGAAGGCACAUUUAAUCAACUGGUACGAUUUUACGGACCAAAACGCGUGAACACUUUCCUGAGGUCCUUAAAGGCUAUUUUCGUGUCUCAUUUACAUGCUGACCAUCAUAUUGGUUUAAUGGGCGUUCUUCAAGCACGACGUCACGCUUUGGAGGAGAUUUCAAGUGACGACACGUUGUACUUGUUAGCGCCUGGCCAAAUUGUGACUUGGCUUUCGAAGUACGACCAACAAUUUGAGUCUAUACGGAAUGAGUUCACUUUGAUACCCAAUCAGAAUUUGUUAGAAGCAAAACUAUCAGAUCCCCCGAACACAGACAUCACAUCUGCAGUGUUAGCGGGUAUUGGUGUUGAGAACAUCACGUCCUGUCUGGUCUCACAUUGUCCUAAUGCUUUUGGGGUCGCCGUUCAAGUAGACGAGAAGCACAAAGUCACUUAUUCCGGAGACACGAUUCCUUGUGAAGAGCUGGUUAAGAUCGGCAUGAACUCUACACUUCUCAUCCACGAAGCAACGAUGGAAGAUGAAUUGGCAGACGAAGCUCGCACAAAAAUGCAUUCAACGACCUCUCAAGCGAUAGAUAUAGGACGGAAAAUGAACGCAACAUUCACAGUUUUGACGCACUUUAGCCAGAGAUACGCGAGAUUGCCCCGACUUAACGCGCACAUUUUGAACGAUAAUAAAAGUGUUGGUAUCGCUUUUGAUAAUAUGCAGAUUACUAUGAGCGAUUUGGAGCUUCUACCACACAUGUAUGCUCCCCUGCAGCUAAUGUUUGCUGAACAUUGCGUGGAACUGGAACUAAAAGCGGCCAUGAGACAGAAGCACAAGGAGAGGCAGGCGUCCGCUCCUAACAUACCUACUUCCGGUAUUGUACAGUUAAGUGCGUCCAGUAGAACUCGAACGAACAGUCAGACAGCAUCACAAGAGGAUAAACUAAAAUAUAGAGAAAGCAAUUCAUCUCGAUUAAGAAGGGAGAGCAAAUGUGCCUCUGUGACAAGUGAUGCGGUGAAUUCCAGCUGUCGCAGCAAGUCUUGUUCAUCGCCUCGUCGUUCCCCGAUUUCAAGGUUUUCUAAUUCUAUGAACGGGAGUGGAGCUCAGUCAACAGAAAGAUCACGAAGUAAUAAUUCGACUCGAUCGGCUGCGUCACAUAAACCAAAUGAAAAAAAUACUAUUGAACAAAAACCCCGGGAUGUCAAUUCGCAUUCACGAAAUAAAAAUUCUCCAAGUAACUAUUCAUCUAAGUCAGCUGAAGCAAGAAAGGAAUUAAAACCUGGUAGAAAUGGUCAACGACACACAUGUGACAGUACUGUUGCAUCGUCGAAUGCAGAUUCACCAAAUGGAUAUGGAAAACCUUUAGUCACGCCAAUGAAUAAAAGACUUUUAGUAAAUCGGAAUGGCCGUCCCGUUUCUUCGCCAGCCCCAAGCAAGAUACCUCUACCGCAGUUUAGUAGCAGUCGAUCGCCUUUACUCUCUUGGAAAGCGGAAAACAGACCCACCUCAUCGAGUUCGACACCAAAACGUGACCUCAGCAAAGUUAGCAUUCUAUUAAUAGACAUGGUUAUCAGCAUUUCUACCCACAUUUUACUCUGGAGGCUUUACCGCAUUGUCGCAUGCUUAUCGUACUUACAAUGGCAGUUUAUGAUAACAAUAAUAGCAGUUAGUUAUUUGUUUUGGACAGCCAAUAAGACGUGUAAAGAUAAGCGACCCAAUACAAGAGAGACAAGAAAUCCUCCACUCAUGGCGUUCAAUACUACUGUCAAGGUAAGACCACGGCCACCAUCUCCUGAGCUAAAGAGUGGUUUGGCGCCAGCAAGAUCAGCCCCCGCGAAUAAGAAGCCUCAACACUUAACAGGAACGAAAAGUACAAAAGCCUCAAGAAAUAAACAAAAAAUUCAAGAUGAUGUCAAAUCGAAUGCCUCUUCGCACAAAUAUUUGAAUAAUCAAAACAAUGAAAUGUUCGGACAUAUCAAGAUGCCGACGAUUAUAAAAGCCAAUAGUGAGGUUACCAGUCAUAACGAAAUUUCGGCACAUAUUAAGACCCCUUUUAUUGGGAAACCAAGUUUUGUAAAUUAUGGCAGUAAAAGUUUUAAGCCGCAGUUGGAAGAUAUAAAGAGUUCACAUUUUGUACUCAAUAUGAAGAAUCAAGAACACUCCGUAAAAAAGAACUGUCACUCACCUAAUACUUCUAUACAAAAACCACAACCACUAAUUGAGGAACAAAGAAGAAUAGCUCUCCUUCAGGCUAAAAAUAAAUUCAAGUCAAAAAAGUUUUGGGAUGAUGCAAGAUAUGAGAAAAUAGAAGGACUCAACUGGGUAUCUUGGAAGUAAACUGUUCAUGGUGAAAUAUGUAUAUAUUUAUUGUUGUGUUUGACAAAAUUGUUGCAAAGUUACGAGCAUAAUUAAAUAAAAAAAUUGAAA